UUUCGGUUCCUCGCGGCCCGCCGUGUCUCCUCGCCGGAAAACUCUCAGUCACCGUCUCCGCUGCAGCCGCUGAAAUGUCCCGAGUCUUCUUCGACAUCACCGCUGACGGCAGCCCGCUCGGCCGGGUCGUGAUGGAGCUCUACCCCGACGUGGUGCCCAAGACGGCUGAAAACUUCCGUGCCCUCUGCACCGGCGAGAAGGGCUUCGGCUACAAGGGCUCCAUCUUCCACCGCAUCAUCCCUGGAUUCAUGUGCCAGGGCGGCGACUUCACCAACCACAACGGAACCGGGGGAAAGUCCAUCUACGGCAACAAGUUCGCCGAUGAGAACUUCCAGCUGAAGCACACCGGAGCCGGCAUCCUGUCCAUGGCCAACGCCGGCCCCAACACCAACGGAUCCCAGUUCUUCAUCUGCACAGACAAAACCGCAUGGCUGGACGGGAAGCACGUGGUGUUCGGUAAGGUGGUCGAGGGGAUGAACGUGGUCACUAAGAUGGAGGAAAGAGGCAGCCAGAGCGGCAAAACCAACGGCAAGAUCGCCAUCGCUGACUGCGGGCAGCUCUGAGCUCCACACCGACCCUUCCUGCUCACCCUGUAGCCACGCCCCCUGUAGGCUCCGCCCCUCCGCCGUUCAACAUUCCUAUUGAUGGAGAUUCAGCUGAUUCCCCCCCCCCACCUCCCCCUUAUUUUUUUAUUCUGUUGUUGAAAUCAAGUUGCUGCAUUUGUGACUUUGCCUUUUGGAAGUUUCUUUUGCAUUAACGUUUUUUCCACAAAAGCCCCGACGGUUUGUUUUUCUUUUUGUUAAGUCAAAAAAAAGAAUAAGAAAAUAAAACAAAAGAUGCCUUGACAAUUAA